CCGAGGGGGCCUUCGGGCCUGGCUGGUAGUAGUCGGAUCAUGGUGUGCAAUGAUCCCAUCUAUGGGUCUUUUGAAUACAAUAGGGGUGCUGCAUGCAUGGACAGCGGAGCAUCAACUUGCCUCAUACUCUCCCUCGAGCGUUGGAUGGAUUUUUGGAGUGUUCAGUUUCUUCUUAUACUUUGGCAGUGCGCAAGUUGGCCCCAUCUUUGACAGUCGAGGCGUGCUUCCAGUUGUCCUGCCGGGUUCGAUUGGCAUUGUGUUGGCCGUUUUCUUCUUCAGCGAGAGUACAGAAUACUACCAAAUCUUCCUUUCCUUCAGCGUUCUUGGCGGCAUCUCCUCCUGCUGCCUCUUCACACCAGCCAUCGCAGCCGUCGGCCACUGGUUCAACGUCCGUCGUGGUCUAGCCACAGGGAUAGCCUGCACCGCCGGCGGACUGGGCGGAGUCUUCUUCCCUUUGAUCAUUCUCUACCUCGGCCCUACGCUCGGGUUCACCUGGGCACUGCGUAUCAUCGGAAUCAUCUGCUUCGUGCUAUGCGCGCUCGCCUGCCUUUUGCUUCGCACCCGACUCCCACCCAAUCAUCAAGCCGGAAUGGCAGUCGACUUCAAAGCCCUCCGUGAGCCCAAGUACGCAGCCACCACGCUCGCAGUCUGGCUAGUGGAGUUUGCCGUCUUCAUACCAUACACCUACAUCUCGUCGUACGGACUCCACGCCGGCAUGGACUCGUCCCUCGCCUACAAGCUGAGCGUGUUCCUGAACGUCGGCGCGAUCCCCGGCCGCGCGUUGCCCGGGUUGCUUGCUGACCGCGUCGGCCGAUUCAACAUCAUGUCGCUGACCGCAUUAGUAUGCGCCGUAUUGACCCUGGCGCUGUGGUAUACCGCCGGGGAUAAUGACGGCGCCAUCAUCGCCUACGCGACCUGCUUCGGGUUCUGGAGCGGUGCGGCGAUUAGUUUAACACCCGUGUGUAUCUCGCAGGUUUGCCGGACGGAGGACUAUGGCAAGCGCAACGGGACAACCUUUACGCUGGUGAGUAUAGGGACGUUGACGGCGAUUCCUAUCGCGGGUGCGAUCCAGGAGUAUAACCAUGGGGAGUACUGGGGAUUGAUUGUGUUUGGAGGGGUGUUGUAUCUGGCGUCAUUUGUGGCGUUUGUGAUUGCCAGGGGUGUUGCAGGGGGUUGGCAACUCAAAACAAAGUUUUGAACCCAUCCUGUGUGUCUU